GAUGAAAUGAACCCCUUCACUGACUCAUAGCCACAGGGAUUGCUCCUCUUGGAAAAUCUGCCAUUCCCAACUCUUCUCAGCUCAGCAGCUACAUGAUGGCCAGACUCCUUGUCCUGUGUGUUGCAGUUCUUGCCUGCAUCAGUAUUGGAUCUGCUCUGCAGUGCUUGAAAUGUUCAUUCACGUUUCACGGAUUGCCGUGCCAUACAUCUACCACCACCUGCCAAGCAGGAGAGGUCUGUGCUACCAUCCGGGGAGCAGCAGCUGGCCAGGGGCUUAUCAUGAAGAGGAACUGCGUCGCUAGCGAGAAAUGCAACAAGAACGAAACUGAAAAUUAUGCGGGCAUUAAGUACACCACCACUUACUACUGCUGUGAAGGCGAUUUCUGCAACUCGGCUGCUACCCUUCCCACCAGCCAUCUCUCCCUGCCAAUGGCUCUGGCUAUGCUGGGCGUCUGGCUCGUUCGCCUCCUGUAAGCCCUCUCCUGAGGAGGAGGAGGAAGCAGCAGCAAUUUCUACAGGAUAGCAAAAAAAGGCCCCCAAAUAAUAAUCAUCCAGUCAUACCGAACACUGUAUCAAGUAGAUUUACCCCUUUCUUCCUUCGUUUUGUUUCUCUAUACUUUAAAAAAAGGCACUUGUUAAUGAA